AUGGAAGAAGACAGCCCACACACCAAUCUCCCAACUAAAACCCUAGAUCUCGACGCCGAUUUACAGAAAAAGCACCAAGCCAUGCUCGAACGCCUCUCCAAUCGCCACCAAGCUCGUUUAGACACCUCACUGGCUCGCCGAUCCGACUCAGCCAACUCCUCCGAGUCCACCUCCUCCUUUCUCUCCCGAUUCUCCGCCUCCAAGCAAUCCAUUGAUUCCCAACUCGCCAACUCCCGUCUCAUUGCUACAUCGGAUCCAUCUCGCCUCAGAUCUCAUUUCGCCAAUAUCUCCUCCUCCAUCUCGGACCUCGAGAAACUCGUCGCCGAGAAUUCUUAUUUCCUUCCUUCUUAUGAAGUCCGCUCUUCUCUCAAAACCAUCUCCGAUUUAAAGCAAAAUUUGGAGAUCUUAAACUCCGAAUUGAUCCCCAAAAAGAAAUUCUCCUUCAAAAACAAAGCCACAGCGAAAAAGGAACUCUCCAAAGAACCUGAACGUAUAAAACCCGACACCGUUUCGGUGUUCAAUUUCAAACUCCCUAAUUCCCCAGGGUUUAGAAAUAAAACAAACGAAACCCUAGUGAAGAAAUUACGGGGGACAGAGAUAGGGGAGUUUACGCUAUCUGAUCUGGAAUCUUGUGAGGUAAGAUUAAUCGGCUGCUGCAAUGCGGUUUUUGUGAACAGAUUGAAGAACUGCAAGGUUUAUAUGGGGCCUGUAAUUGGGUCUAUUUUGAUAGAGGAAGUGGAAGGCUGUGUUUUCGUAUUGGCGUCGCAUCAGAUAAGAAUUCAUUUGGCGAAAAGUUGUGACUUUUAUUUGAGAGUGAGGAGUAGGCCAAUAAUUGAGGACAGCAAUGUUGUGAGGUUCGCUCCGUACUGUUUGGAUUAUGAAGGGAUCGAGAUGGAUUUGGAGAAGGCAGGGUUGAGUGAAGAGACGGGGAAUUGGGGGAAUGUUGAUGAUUUUAAGUGGUUGCGAGCUGUGCAGUCGCCGAAUUGGUGUGUUUUACCGGAGAAUGAGAGGGUUGGGAAGGUUCGGACUGAGGAUAUUGGGAGCAAA